ACUAACGGCAUAACCUGAUGUUCAAGCUACUCGUCCAUUAACGCGGGAAAAAAAACAUAUAUAAACACAUACGAAAAUUCCAUGUGUUUAUCAAUAUCAAUCCAAUAAUUCACACACAAAAAUCACAUCUGAUUCGAUGAUGAUUCCCUCAACAGCAGCAGUCUCAUAUUCAAGCAGUGGUGGAAUGUCAACUUCAACAUUCGACCGCACUUUGCCUUCAUCAGCGCCGACAUUUGGCGCUUUAGGAUUUUCUUCAUUCAACACUCUUGGGCCGUCAUUUUCGAAUUUGGUGAAUGGUAUUUUUUCAGGCAUUUGAGGAACUUAAAGAUUUCAUAGAUUUUUUAUAUUCCUGUACAUUUUAUAUCUCUCUGUGAUUCCAUAUUUGAUGUGUGAUGUGAAGUUGCAGUGCUCUGCUUACGUGUCUCAUAAUCGUUGCUUUCAUCUGCAUAAAGUUGAUCAUUGUGCCAUAUGAGCUGGAUGUUUAGAUGUUACUAGUUGCAUCUCUACAUGAUAGACGCGAAUCAUGUUCGGUUGGAGGAUUACGGGUUGCCACGCUGAAUAUACAAAUUCAAAUGCGACCCAUAUAAGAAAAUGUGUACAUAUAAUUCUUUGCAACGGAUAUCUUUUAAUUGUUUUUAUUCUUUAUCUCUCAUUCCUAUAACAAAAUGUGUACAUAUAAUUCAAAAGCGCUCGCCUGGAAGAAUGUGGGUCUUUAAAACUCAAUUCAGUAGGUUCAAAUCCUACAGAGCGCGAGUCGGUUCAGAUCUCAUGAUUUAAUUUAACUUCCAUUGACGUUUAUACUGGUUGUGGUGUUUUGCUGUAUUGAUACGGUUUUGCAGGACCUCACACUACAGGAUUUACAUUUAAAUGUGAACAGUCACAUCUCAGUGGCCAAGAAAGAGGAAGCAGAAUAGCAGCUUACAAAACAACUGCUGAUGCUACAUUUAGCUCCGAGAAACUUGUAUCAAUUUCUGCCAUGCCUGCUUACGAAGCUAAAAGUCAUGAAGAACUAAGGUGUGAAGAUUACAACUUCCCUGGAAAAGGUGGGUUUGGCUUAAGUUCGUCCGCGUUAAAGUGGACAUCACCCGCUGCUAGUUUUCCUACAGCAUCACCUGGAACCUCUUCAAUCUUUUCUACACCAACGAAACGUAACCCGUUUGAAAAAACAAACCCUCCCUUUACAAAACUCUUCACUUCACUAUCCACUCAUACAUCUUCCUCGAGUCCCGCAUUUCCUGCAUUCACUCGAGUUGUAGAUAGCGCACCAUCUUCUAUAAAUACUUUCUGGUCAAAUCCAGCUGCUAACUCUCUUUCGGUUUCAUCUGUGAGCUCUGGAUUGAGUCCAGCUCAGAAUUGUAAUGGGACAACAGGAAUUGUUGGUCAAGCCUCGGUUUCUCAAAUGUCUUCGUCUCGGGUUACAAGCAUGGAAAAUCCGUCACCUGCCGCAAGUCCAUUUGGAACACUUCCUCCAAAACCACAUAUGUUUGUUGAUGGUUCUCAAUCUAAACAACCAAUUCAAUAUAGGAUAUCCAGCUUGCGUGUUAAAGACAAGCCUGCUCUGGUCAAAUAUUCCAUGUUGACUACUAGACAUUUGUCGGGAAGAAUCAAGCUGCCUGUUCGGAAGUAUGACCCGAAAUCAAAAGCUCCAAAGGUACCAUAUUUUAGUGACACUAAGGAGAUACCGAUUGCUGCAUAUGUUCCAAGAGAUAAUCCAAGAGCAUUGGUGGUCUGUCCUGAAAUGUGGCAACAGACCGCUAACAUGGAGAACAUUAAUGAAGAAAAAAUAUAUGGUAGCACGUAUGAGAAUGAAAGAGAUGAUAUAACUGAAGAGAAAGAAUUGUUCACAACAAUCCUUGAUGUACCAGCAAAACUUCAACAACCUGACUACUACACACACCCUCAAAUUUCCGAGUUAGAAGCGAAAGAAAGGGCCGAUCCAGGAUUUUGCAGGAAGGACUUUGUGGUUGGACGUUAUGGAUAUGGCAGUAUUAAGUUCUUAGGGGAAACGGAAGGAGUGGCGGACCUAGGAAUUUUUUUAUGGGGCAAGAAACCUCCGGUUGGUGAAGGCCUUAACAAAGCAGCUGAGAUUACGCUUCUUAACAUCAAAUGCUUCGAUAAAAAGACUGGAAUGCAGCACAUGGAUGGGUCAAAGAUCAGUAAAUACACAGAGAUGCUAAAGAAGAAGGCGACGGCGCAAGGAGCUGAGUUUAUGUCGUAUGAUCCGGUUGAAGGAGAAUGGAAAUUUAGAGUCCAACACUUCUGA